CCAACGCAGAGCGAAUUUUCUAAAGACCAAGUUCUUGCCUCACAUCCUAAUCUUUUUCCAUUCCAAAUUCUAACUUUUAUCCCAACAAAUUUCCAGUCUUGUUGAAACACCAAUUCUUGUGGCCAUGAAGAAAUCAUUAUCUCUCUUGCGAAUUUGAAGUUAGAAGCGCGAAACCAGGAUCAAAUAAUACACUUUGUAGUUCGGAUUGACCGUCCAAUGUCAAGGAAAUCUCCAAGCAUGUCGAAAUGCUUCAGCUUCACCGCAUCUAGGGAUUGGUUCUACCGCUACUGGUUCACGAAAUCAGGCCUUCGCUCCGUGUCGACCGGCCUCGGGGACGGGACGAUCAUGCACUGCUGGGUCCCCAAAUUCCGCAAACCAUCCAAGCCUAACCUCGUCCUAGUCCACGGGUUUGGCGCGAAUGCGAUGUGGCAAUACGCAGAGGCCCUUCACCACUUCACCCCGAGGUUCAACGUGUACGUGCCGGACCUGAUCUUCUUUGGCCGGUCUUACACGUCGCUCCCUGAUCGGACCGAGUCGUUCCAGGCACGAUGCCUGAUGAGGUUGAUGGGUUUGCAGGGCGUGGAGAGGAUGAGCAUGGUUGGGAUAAGCUACGGCGGGUUCGUGGCGUACAGCAUGGCCGUGCAGUACCCGCAGGCAUUGGACCGGUUGGUGUUGUGCUGCACCGGGGUGUGCUUGGAGGAGGAGGACCUGAAGGCGGGAUUGUUCCCGGUCAAGAGUUUGGAGGAGGCGAAGCAGGUUUUGAUGCCGCAGACGCCCGAGAAGCUUAGGGAAUUGAUGCGAGUCUCCUUUGUCCGGCCCGCCACAGGUGUUCCCUCUUUUUUCCUAAGUGAUUUCAUCAAGGUCAUGUGUUCAGAGUUUGUUGAAGAGAAAGGAGAAUUGAUCCAAGAGAUCCUCAAAGAUCGAGGACAGUCGAAUCUACCAAAAAUCAGACAGCCCACAUUGUUGGUAUGGGGAGAGCAAGAUCAGAUAUUCCCCCUGGAGCUGGGUCACAGAUUAAAAAGGCACAUUGGGGACAAUGCUGAACUGGUGGUGAUCAAGAAUGCAGGGCAUGCCGUGAACUUGGAGAAGCCCAAGGAGUUCAUCAAGCAUUUGAAGCUCUUCCUUUUGUAAAUGUUGUUGACCAGAUUCAUGUCUCCUAAUGCAUUCACUAAUGUGCGAUGACAAAUAUGAUUUUUCUGGU